AUGUCCCAAGAAUUAACUCACCCAACUAUCAAAGACGGAUGGUUCAGAGAAAUCUCUGACACCAUGUGGCCAGGUCAAGCCAUGACCUUCAAAGUCGAGAAGAUUUUGCAUCAUGAAAAGUCAUUGUACCAAGAUGUCCUAAUAUUCAAGUCUACCGACUAUGGUAACGUUUUGGUUCUAGACAACGUUGUUCAAUGUACUGAACGUGAUGAAUUUUCUUACCAUGAAAUGAUCACCAACUUGUCUAUGAACAACCAUCCAAACCCAAAGAAGGUUCUUGUCAUUGGUGGUGGUGACGGUGGUGUCUUGAGAGAAAUUAUCAAGCACGAAUCCGUUGAAGAGGCUUGGUUGUGUGACAUUGACGAGGCUGUUAUCCGUUUGUCAAAGGAAUACUUCCCUAACAUUUCUGUUGCCUACUCUCACCCUAAGGUUAAGACUCACGUUGGUGACGGUUUCCAAUUCUUGAGAGACUACCCAAACACAUUUGACGUUAUUAUCACCGACUCUUCUGACCCAGAAGGUCCUGCUGAGAACUUGUUCAAGCAAAGCUACUUCGAGCUCUUGAACAGCGCCUUAACUGAAAACGGUGUUAUUACUACCCAAGCUGAGUGUAUCUGGUUGCAAGUCGAUUUGAUCAAGGACGUCAAGACUUCUUGUAAGAACGUCUUCCCAGUUGUUGAGUACGCUUACACCACCAUUCCAUCAUAUCCAUCUGGUCAAAUUGGUUUCAUGGUCUGCUGCAAGAACAAGGAUGUUGAUGUUAAGAAACCUAUGAGAACUAUUUCUGAUGAAGAAGAAAAGAAGUUGUACAAGUACUAUAACAAGCGUAUCCACGAGGCUGCUUUUGUCUUACCAAACUUCAUCAACCAGGCUUUGGAGAUGUAA